CUCCCAGCUUACAGCUUUCCUCUGUGAGAUUGUCUGCAUCCCCCUUUCCUCUCUCCUCCCAGCUUACAGCUUUCCUCUGUGAGAUUGUGUCUGCAUCCCCCUUUCCUCUCUCCUCCCAGCUUACAGCUUUCCUCUGUGAGAUUGUCUGCAUCCCCCUUUCCUCUCUCCUCCCAGCUUACAGCUUUCCUCUGUGAGAUUGUCUGCAUCCCCCUUUCCUCUCUCCUCCCAGCUUACAGCUUUCCUCUGUGAGAUUGUCUGCAUCCCCCUUUCCUCUCUCCUUCCAGCUUUCAGCUUUCCUCUGUGAGAUUGUCUGCAUCCCCCUUUCCUCUCUCCUCCCAGCUUACAGCUUUCCUCUGUGAGAUUGUCUGCAUCCCCCUUUCCUCUCUCCUCCCAGCUUACAGCUUUCCUCUGUGAGAUUGUCUGCAUCCCCCUUUCCUCUCUCCUCCCAGCUUACAGCUUUCCUCUGUGAGAUUGUGUCUGCAUCCCCCUUUCCUCUCUCCUCCCAGCUUUCAGCUUUCCUCUGUGAGAUUGUGUCUGCAUCCCCCUUUCCUCUCUCCUCCCAGCUUUCAGCUUUCCUCUGUGAGAUUGUGUCUGCAUCCCCCUUUCCUCUCUCCUCCCAGCUUUCAGCUUUCCUCUGUGAGAUUGUGUCUGCAUCCCCCUUUCCUCUCUCCUCCCAGCUUUCAGCUUUCCUCUGUGAGAUUGUGUCUGCUUCCCCCUUUCCUCUCUCCUCCCAGCUUUCAGCUUUCCUCUGUGAGAUUGUGUCUGCAUCCCCCUUUCCUCUCUCCUCCCAGCUUUCAGCUUUCCUCUGUGAGAUUGUCUGCAUCCCCCUUUCCUCUCUCCUCCCAACUUUCAGCUUUCCUCUGUGAGAUUGUGUCUGCAUCCCCCUUUCCUCCCUCCUCCCAGCUUUCAGCUUUCCUCUGUGAGAUUGUGUCUGCUUCCUUCCUGUUCCGUAAGCAACAGUGUGAUCCCCUCUCCACACGAGACAAAGAGACGGAGAGAGGGGAAAAGAGGGGGAGUAACAGAAUGAAUAGAAUGACAAAAUGGCUGUGAAAGAGAGAUAUUAACAGAAAGACAGAAAGGGAUAGAGAGAGAGAGAGACAGAGAGAUAUUAACAGAAAGACAGAAAGGGAUAGAGAGAGAGAGAGACAGAGAGAUAUUAACAGAAAGACAGAAAGGGAUAGAGAGAGAGAGAGACAGAGAGAUAUUAACAGAAAGACAGAAAGGGAUAGAGAGAGAGAGAGACAGAGAGAUAGAUAGAUUCAUGUAAACCCAGGGGGUUCAGUGUUGCCAUACAGACAAAGGUAGCGCCGUAGUGCAUGUGGUCUCUCUCACGCAUACACACACUCUCGCACACACACACACUCGCACACACCGGCAUUACAACUGCGUAGGAGUCAGACAGAAGAGGAAUGCCACUGGCUUGCACACGGAGUAGCCUCACAUUCAUAACUUAACAACAACAGGCGCACAAGACACACACAUGCACGCACGCACACGUACACACACUCAAUCAAUCGCAGACACAGACUCUUUGUGUGACUGUAAACAUGGGGCUCGUCAUGGGGACCUUUUCCAUGCAGAGCAAUAAGCAGGAUCGGACCUAUCGGAAAGACCUCUGACAACAUGGGCGCUGUGGUGGGCACGUUAACCAUGGGGGAGAGGACCAAGGGGGAGAGGAGGAGGCCAUCCAGAGAUAAAAUAGAUGAUGAUUUUGAGUUGAGCAUUGUGUGUCAUCGGCCAGAAGGGCUGGACAAACUAGAGGCUCAGACCAACUUCAGCAAGCAAGAGCUGCAAGUGCUCUACCGAGGCUUCAAAAACGAGUGCCCUAGUGGGGUGGUGAAUGAGGACACCUUCAAACAGAUAUACGCACAGUUCUUUCCCCAUGGAGAUGCCAGUACCUACGCACACUACCUGUUCAACGCCUUUGACUCAGCACACAGUGGAUCCAUCAAGUUUGAGGGCUUUAUCAUGGCGCUGUCCACCCUGCUGAGGGGUUCAGUGAGGGAGAAACUGACGUGGACGUUCAACCUGUACGACAUCAACAGAGAUGGCUACAUCAACAAGGAGGAGAUGACAGACAUCGUCAGUGCGAUAUAUGACAUGAUGGGAAAGUACACCUACCCUGCCCUGAAGACAGACACUCCCAAACAACAUGUGGAUGCCUUCUUCCAGAAGAUGGACAAGAACAGAGAUGGAGUUGUCACUCUGGAUGAGUUCAUUCUGUCCUGCCAGGAGGAUGAAAACAUCAUGAGGUCCCUGCAGCUCUUCAAAAAUGUCAUAUAGACCACACAGAGAAAAGGAGAGAAAAGACCGGGAGGAAUUGGAAGAGAUGCUUGAGCUGUGAGAAGGAAAAGCAGCCCGCCAUUUAAUGGAAAAAAGAGGCACAAAUAAACUUUGUUGUCACCAUGGUUAUGAGAGGUACUCAACACCGGCUGCCCAACAACAGCUAUACACACCAGUCGUGUGGCACAGUGUCUCACCAUCACGUUACCAUGGCAGUGACCAUCAAGGGGCUGGGAUAUGACCCUUGCCAUUGACCUCUGACCCCUGUACCUGUUUUUGAACUUCCUGUGACUCUGUAACCUUUCACCCUAGUCCUCUCUGUCUUGUUCUGUUGAUGUUGUUAUGGUUACUGAUCUCUCUGAGAGUGUAUAUCACACCUGUUAGUGUACCUACUGACAAACACACACAAAGAUUAAGGCAUACACACAUACCUUGGAUUGAAUCCUCAAUCGACUACCAAAUAACAAAUACACAAUCAAUACAUUUUCAUCUGUAAAAUUAAUCUGAUCGGUAUUUGACUUAAGAAAAAUACAUUUGAACCAAGUCAGUCCUAACCUUGCUAAAUGCAGAACUCCUACAGAAUGUGUGUUAGUGUUAUUCAAUGUUUUUGGUGUUGUGGUGACUUGUGUCAUAGUGUUUUACAUUUACAUUUAAGUCAUUUAGCAGACACUCUUAUCCAGAGCGACUUCUAUCUUUCUGUCUGCAAUGAGCUCUUUUCAUCUGUGUCGUGGUUGGUCUCUUUGUCUGUCAAUCUAAGUCAUGGCCAGACGACAUCCCGCCCACAGAGCCUGGAUUGGAUGUUAUGUGGCCUAUGAUAGAAAUAUACAGUGGUAGGAAGUUAUUGCAAGUCCCAUUUUGAAGUGUAUUCUUAUGUGGGAUAUUACGACUGUACAGUAACAACUCUCAAGACAAUACCCAACCACUCACUGUGACCAGAGAGAGAGAGAGAGAGAGAGAGAGAGAGAGACCUUGUCACUGAGAAUACAGGAAUAAAGCCAUGAGAGAUGACAAUAGCCUAAUCAAUGUGAAGACUUACUGACAAGAAAAUACAAAAUCCCUUUCCUCACAGUUAUCUCACAGAAAACAUCAGUGUAUUCAAAUGUGGUGCAAAAUGAUAUUUAACAAACUUCUCUGAAAAAAUGGUGAUGUUUGCUAUGUCUUCUUUGAGUAAAACGAAGCUUCCCA